ACUGCUUUCUCUAUUACACACACACAAACACUGAAAUUCCUUCACUCCGCCGGCGAGCGAUUUUCUAUUUUUAGCAUUAUAAAAAAGUAAAAAUAAAUUCGUUAUAUACAUAUUGAUGUUAUGUAUGUAUGUAUAUAUGUAUUAUAUACAUACAGAAAUAUGAUAUGAUUUCGGUUAUGAAUUGAAGAAACUGUGAAUGCUCCCCAGAAUUUUGUUAAUUUAUACUUGGAAUAUAUAAAGACAGAAGGAAUAAAGCCAGUGGUUAAGAUGAUGGAACAUAAGCGAAGUCCAGUAUCUGUUGAGCAGGGUAGUCUUACUCCAUUGACACCUAAAAGGCACAAGGCGGGUUUGUCCAUCUCUUCUAAGGAAAGAAAAGAAAAACUCGGUGAAAGGAUAGCAGCCCUUCAGCAGCUUGUCUCACCAUAUGGAAAGACAGAUACUGCUUCAGUACUUCUUGAGGCAAUGGAUUACAUACACUUUCUUCAUGAUCAAGUCAAGGUGCUGAGUGCUCCUUAUCUUCACAGUAACCCAAUGGACCAGUCUCAGGGAAUAGAGUCGUAUAACUUGAAAAGCAAAGGGUUGCGUCUGGUUCCAGUUUCAUAUACAAUGGGAGUUGCUAGUAGCAACGGAGCAGAUAUAUGGGCUCCAAUCAAGACUAAUUCCCCAAAAUAAUAGAUGUAGAUAAGAUUCAUGGAUUAGGCGGAGAGUUGGUAGUAGAAAUAUAAAUCUAAAAUGCAUAUAAGUAAAGCAUCUAUAGGAUAAUAAGCUAUUGCAUUAUAGGGAAUGUUUUCAUUCUUGGAAGCUUAUAUAUAUGAAUUAUGGGGUCUUUGUAUAUUGUAAUGAUAUCAAAUGGAGAUCAAUAUAUAUAGAUAUGAGAAGCAUACUAUUCAUAUGCUUGGAAGCUUAUAUA